CCCCCGCUCUCUGUCUCUCCGGCUGCAGACCCCGCCGUGAUUUCCCCCCAAGACCCCACCCUGCUGAUCGGCUCCUCGCUGGUCGCCACGUGCACGGUCAGCCCGGACUUUCCGCUGAAAGCCGAGGACCUGUACUGGACGCUGAACGGGCGGCGCCUCCCGGCCGCCUCCUACUCCGCCCUGGGGCCCUCCACGCUCAGCGUGGCCCUCGCCCGCCUCAACGGCUCCAGGCAGCAGUCGGGGGACAACCUGGUGUGUCACAGCAGAGACGGUGGCAUCUUGGCCGGCUCCUGCCUUUACGUUGGAUUACCCCCAGAAAAACCAGUCAACAUCACUUGCUGGUCCAAAAACAUGAAGGACCUGACCUGCAAAUGGGCACCGGGGACAGAAGGGGAGACCUUCCUGCACACCAACUACACCCUCAAGUACAAGCGCAGGUGGUACGGCCAGGACAACACCUGCCAGGAAUACCACACGGCUGGAACCUACUCGUGCCACAUCCCCAAGGACCUGGCUCUGUUCACGCCCUACGAGAUCUGGGUGGAGGCGUCCAACCGCCUGGGGGUGGCCGUGUCCGACGUGGUCAUGCUGGACAUCCUGGACGUGGUCACCACGGACCCGCCGUCGGACGUGCACGUCAGCAGGGUGGGCGACCUGGAGGACCAGCUGAGCGUGCGCUGGAGCUCGCCGCCGGCCCUCAAGGAUUUCCUCUUCCAAGCCAAGUACCAGAUCCAAUACCGGGUAGAGGACAGCACCGAGUGGAAGGUGGUGGAUGAUGUGGGCAACCAGACCUCGUGUCGCCUGGCCGGCCUGCGCCCCGGCACCGUUUACUUCGUCCAGGUGCGCUGUAAUCCCUUCAGCAUCUACGGCUCCAAAAAAGCCGGGAUCUGGAGCGACUGGAGCAACCCCACGGCCGCCUCCACCCCGCGCAGCGAGCGAGUGGCGGGGGGCUGCGACCCCAAAGGCGGGGAGCAGAACACGACGCUGCGGCGGGAGCUGAAGCAGUUUUUCGGGUGGGUGAAGAAACACGCCUACGGCUGCUCCAACCUCGGCAUCAAACUCUACGACCAGUGGCGCGUGUGGCUGCAGAAAUCGCACAAAACACGCAACCAGGUAGGUAAGGAGCCUUUCGCACUUCUUCUCCCCGUUCCCCCCCGGGAAGCGAUUUUGGCCGUUUUCUCGCCGGGGUCCCACGUGCGAGUGCACGGAGGGGGGGUCCGUCCCCGGGGAGCCACGCGGGCUGAUUGGAGGCUGCUGGGGUUUGCCCAGUGCCUGCUCCGGUUUUGA